AUGUUCGAACAAUUGGAGAUUAUUUGCUCAUCUGUAAGACAGUCUCAAGAAUAUUUUGGUGGUCUUCAGGUCAUAUUGUGUGGGGACUUUCACCAGCUUCCACCUGUUCUCAAUAGAGAAUAUAAUGACCAUGGGGAACUUUGUUUCGAAAGCAACGUCUUCAAAGGAGCAGUUCCUCACAAAGUAAUUCUUACCAAAAUAAUUAGACAAGAUAAUGAAGAUCUUGCAAAGGUUAUUGGUGAAGUAUCCCGAGGACAUCUCAAUGAUUGCGCAAUAAGUUAUUUAAAAUCUUUAGAAAGACCAAUUGAUGAUACUUCAUUAGUUAAACUUUUUGCAAACAACCUUCUUGUUGACACAUACAAUCGCUCGAAACUAACGGAAAGUGAUGGAGAUACUCUGGAAUUUAAGGCAAUAGACCAUGGUGAGAAGAGAUAUUUGGUAAAUAUCAGUGCUCAACAAACUUUAUGGCUGAAGCAGGGAUCUCCUGUGAUCCUCCUUCGAAACAUUUCUAGUGUCCUUGUUAAUGGACUGACAGGAACUGUUAAAGAUUUUGAUCCAGAUGGACCUGUUGUAGAAUUUCCUUCAGUCAGAAUUACAAUCACAAUAAAAAAGACAGAAUGUUCUGUGUACAGUCCAAAAAUGAGAAGAAACCUUGCAACAAGAGGGAAGAUACCACUAAAGCUAGCAUAUGCCUUGGCUAUUCAUAAAGCACAGGGAAUGACUCUUGAUAGGUACACAAAGGUUCACACUAUAUCACAGUAG